AAUUCUACUAAGUACUUUGAAUGGUUCUGUUGCAGCAGCGAAUGGAAGAGAAAGUGGCUAAGAAGAAAAAGAACAAAAACGUGGGUGCCUUGUGUUGGUGGCUAACAGUUUCCAUGAUUGGAAUGGUGGUAGUUGGUGCUGGUGUUCUUCUUUUACUCAAAAAGCUUCGUCACCAUGCUUCACCGCAAACCUUAUCAACAUUCCCCACCAACAUUGUUCAGAAAUAUGCCUCAGCCCUCGAAUUGUGUCUGCAAUUUUUCGACGUCCAAAAAUCUGGGAAGUUGCAGAACAACAGAAUUCCAUGGAGAGGGGAUUCAAGUCUGAAAGAUGGAAAAGAAGCAGGUUUGGAUCUAAGUAAAGGAAUGUACGAUGCGGGUGAUCUCAUGAAAUUUGGUUUCCCAAUGGCCUUCACUGCAACCAUGUUGUCAUGGUCGAUUCUUGAAUAUGGGAAUAAAAUGGAAGCUGUGAAGCAGCUACAAUAUGCUCAGGAUUCGCUUAAGUGGAUCACUGAUUAUCUUAUCAAUGCUCAUCCUUUUGAAGAUGUUCUUUACAUUCAGGUUGGGGAUCCUGGGGUGGAUCACAAUUGUUGGGAAAGACCUGAAGAUACAAAUGAGAAAAGGCCAGUGAUUGAAGUAAAUUCAUCAUAUCCAGGAGCAGAAGUAGCAGCAGAAACUGCAGCGGCAAUGGCCUCAGCAUCUCUUGUUUUCAAGAACGUGGAUCCCGCUUAUUCCGGAAUCCUCCUCGCUCAUGCUCAACAGCUCUUCACCUUCGCUGACACUUUCAAAUGUUCUUACAGUGUUAGCAUUCCUCAAGUGAACCCCUUUUAUAAAUCAUCUGGUUUUGGUGAUGAACUCUUAUGGGCUGCUACUUGGCUCUACCAUGCAACAAAGGAUCCAUCAUAUCUCAAUUAUGUCACCCUACAGAAUGCAAAAGCAUUUGCAAAUUUUGGUUCUUUCUCAUGGUUUAGUUGGGAUGAUAAGCAUGCUGCAAUCCAGGUACAAAUUAUUAGUGUCACUUUCUGGAAUAUUUGUGAUACAAAAAUGUUAUUCGUACACUAAAACCAGUCACCAAUGUAUUUGUGUAGAAAUAUACGUGGUUUAAUUUAUUUUCAAUGUGUAUUUAUAUUCUAACAUAUAUUUU